AUGGCACACCAAGACAAGUCGAAUCGUCAAAGUGAGGAGCAAAACGAGAAAGUUCUCGAAACGCCAGUGAGUAGCCAUCGUUGCUUGAGAAAGAGAAUGGCAGAGAAGUUGACGCGAUAUACCAGACCAGGGCAGGAGGGAUGGACAUCUUUGGACAUCUUUGAAAGGACGACGUCGGGGACACGCAGCCCAGCAGGCCAGAUGCCCAGCAUCGAGGCCGUGAUGGGAAUGCCUCCUCGUGCCCAUAGAGGACCAGUUGCUGGUGUCCUAGUGAGAUGUACCAUGAGUUUGCACCCACACUCCCACACUUGGGGGACAAGACAAGACUCUGUGAUGGCGGCGACGCGGAAGGAGGAGGGGAAGAGACAUAGGAUCUUCACAAUGCCUUCCGAGGAUCAGUGCUAUCUCACGGGCCAUGUUGCGGUCUGCCCGUCGUCCCUAACCAUGUCCCCCAUGUCCCUAGUCCACAGAGCUCUGUAG